AUGGUCCUGAGAGCAUUUUCCAAAUGCUUCCUGAACUCAGACAGGCCUGAUGCCAUGGCCCGCUUCCUAAGAAGCCUGCUCCAGUACCCAGCCACCCCCAAGGGACACAGGUGCAGUUACACUGACAGCUUCUUCUCAUCCUCAUCUCGGAUCAUCCUGGAGGGACAAGCAGAAAGAAACGGGGAGGUGGGCGACAUUCUGUCAGGUGCAUGGCAGCAGUACCAAAGAGAAAAAUGGAAUACGCUCUUCCAGGAGACAAAGAUCGCGCUGUCUAAUUCCCCACUGUACCAAUACCUGCAGGAUUUGGGACACACAGAUUUUGAAGUAUGUUCCUCGGUGUCACAGAAGGCAGAGCAAUGUGCAGCUGCAGAAAGCCAAAGGGAGCAGACUCUGAGUGCUGCCCAGAAGCAAGGCAUCCUGUCAAAACUAGUUGAGUUUUUUAGAAGCUGGUUUCCUUUUCCACAGUAUAAGAAAAACGAUGACAUACUUCACCGACUGGAUGUUGGAUUUCGAUAUGACACGCUCCGUACCAUCCUGCAACAGGAAGUUCUGCUGCAGGAGGAUGUGGAACUGAUUGAAUUCCUUGACCCCAGUAUCCUGUCUGCAGGGCAGUGUAAGCAACAGGAAAACAGACAGCUUCCAACACUACGCUCCCUAGCAACUCCUAAUAUUUGGGAUGUCUCGCUGUUCCUUGCCUUUGUAAGUGCGCUGCUCAUGUUUCCUUCGUGGUGGAAGGAAUCCUCAUGGCUGCUGUGCGGGCCCGUGCUGCUCCUCUAUGCAGCCUCUAGGGCGUGGGGCACGUGGAGGACAGCCAGGCUGCAAAUGUCCCUGCGAAAAUACUCUAUCCAGCUGGAAGAAACAGUGGCCAACAGCCGGGCCUUUACUAAUCUCGUGAGGAAAGCACUACGACUCAUUCAAGAGACUGAAGUGAUUUCCAGAGGAUUUACCCUGGUCAGUGCCGCUUGCCCAUUUAAUAAAGCUGGACAGCAUCCUAGCCAGCACCUGAUCGGCCUGCGCAAAGCCGUGUAUCGGUCCGUCAGAGCCAACUUCCGCGCUGCAAGACUGGCUACUCUGUACAUGCUGAAAAAUUACCCUCUGAACUCGGAGAGUGACAACGUGACCAGCUACAUCUGUGUGGUCCCCUUUAAGGAGCUGGGUCUGGGACUGAGUGAAGAGCAGGUCUCUGAAGAGGAGGCACACAAUCUGACUGAUGGCUUCAGCUUGCCUGCACUCAAGGUCCUCUUUCAGCUGUGGGUAGGGCAGAGUUCAGAAUUUUUCAGGAGGCUGGCGCUGCUGCUGUCCCCGGCCAACGCGUGCCCCGAGCCCUCGGCGUCCCCGGAGCGGCUGCCUCACCACAUCCUGCGCGACGUGAGCCAGGGCCUCCCGCACACGCACGCCGCCUGCCUGGCGGAGCUCAGGAGGAGCUACGAGUUCUACCGCUACUUCGAAACCCAGCACCAGGCGGGCUUGCAGUGGCCAGCCAGGAGCAAGCAGCAGUGCAGGGAGCUGAACAGUCUGCAGACGGCGGUGCGCAGCUUGCAGCUGCAUCUCAAGGCCCUGCUCAAUGAGGUAAUAAUUCUUGAGGAUGAGCUUGAAAAGCUUGUUAGCACUAAGGAGACACCCGAGUUGACAACAGAAGCCCAUCAGGUUCUGGAACAAAAACUAAAGUUUAUUCAGCCUCAUAUCCAGGCAAGCAACAGCUGCUGGGAAGAAGCCAUUUCUCAGGUGGAAAAAAUGAGUGGAAGAAACCCAAAUAAAAAAGGCAAAAUUGAAGUUUCCUGUGACAACCUACAGCAUACUGCAGUACCUUUAACACAGCCUGCCAUAUACAUAGAAAACAAAGAUCCAAUCCCUGAAGAGCAGGAACUGGAAGCAUAUGUUGAUUAUUCAGAUACAGAUAAUGAAUACAAAAGGGAAGAUUUUUACUGCUUCUCCCAAGAAGAAAGAGAGAGGCAAGAGCGAGAGAGACAGGAAUCUAAGAGGGUGUUACAAGAAUUGAAAUCUGUACUGGGAUUCAAAGCUUCAGAAAUUGAAAGACAGAAGUGGAAACAGCUACUAUUCAGUGAACAUGCUGCAGUGAAACCCUUGUCUCCUGUAGAACCAUUGAAGCUACUAAAUAAUGUGGAAUCACAUAUGAAUUCAGAUACAGAAAAGCAGGACUGCAGCCAAAGUUGUGAUAAAUCUGAAGAAAAAGACUCUAAUCCAGAAGUGAAUGCUGCUGAUAAAAGCAGGACAGAAUAUUUGUACGAAGAUCCUGAGAUGGAGAAAAGCAAAGACAGUAUUACAGAUAAAGAUGUUCCUACGGGGGCUGAAGAAAGAAUGUAUUAUCAGUGUGAAGGGGAUGCUGAAGAGCUCAAGCCAAGCAGUGUGGAUGGAGUAGAGGCUUCACAGCCUCCCUCUAAGGAUGCAUUACAUUCAAAAAUCAAGGAUAGGCUGGCCCAGCUCCACAUAUCAACAGAUUUUAACUUCACAUCUGGUCUGGCUGCACAAGUUGCUGCCAGGUCUUUCACUUUUACUACAAUGCAGGAAGAGACUUUUGGAGAUGAUGGGGAGGAGGAGGAGGAGGAAGAAGAAAAGACACAGGAGAAUGAAGACCUUGUGGAGAACUGUGAAAAUGAAGAGAGAGGCUCUGAAAGUGAAGGAAAAGUAUAAGUCUGAGCUGAACUUUAUUAAACUAACAGCAGGCAGUUUGAUGAAAAAGAACUAAGGUGGGGGGUUGAAGGUGAAAAUACUGGAUGGAAAAAAAAGGAGAACUAAAUAGAAUACAUCAUGUUCCCUAAGACUGAUACACUAAAUAGGACUUCUAAGUAUAUUGAAAAUUUGCAGGUAAGAGAAGUUUGGGCUGCAUCCAAGAAAUAGAUGGCUGUCCCUUUUUAAGAUCCUAGUGACAGGGGUUGGAAUUUACCUUUGUGUUUUCUGUUUUAUUUAUUUAUAUUAUGACAUAUUGUAGUUUUUCGUUUCUAAAAAAAAAGGAAAAACAAUGUUUUCAUUUACAACAGACUCCAUUUUUUUGCUCUCUGAUUCUUUUGUCAUGGUAUCAAUGUUUGUUCCAACAAAAACAGCCAGGACAUUUCUUUUGGAAGAACCUGAACUGUUCCCUGUGAUCUUUCCCCACCACUUUUGUUUCACUUCUUGUGUCUUCAGUGUGUUGGCUAAGCCAUGAUAGGUAUUUGUGAUUCUGCAACUAGUGAUGUGGCACCCAGCUAAAAUGUAGAAUUUUAAAUAAAAACUUGAAAGAGCUAGUAUUUCAUGUGUCCUGGGGUAUGGGGCUGAAACAGUAUAAAGUUAGUCAUGCUUCAUAUUAAGGUUUAUUUAGAAUUUUAUGAAGGGUUAAUAAAUGAUGUCCAUAAAUUGUAAUUCAUGUUAGAGAAAUAUGUUGUAAGUAAAUUUUAGGGAAGGUUAUAAGCACACCAGUGGAAAGUACUAUAGAUAGCUAGAAGCUAUCUGUUGGAUUGACAGAGAUGAGAAGUAAACACCUAUUUAUUAAGCCAGCUAUUAAUUGUUUGUUAACCUUUUGUAAACUGAACCUUAAUGUAAUUGUUUGAUUUGACAGAAUGACCGAUUGUACAUUUUUGCUUAUGUCCUGAAGUAAUUUUCUUAAAGGAAAGAGAGCUCAACAACAUGCAGUGUUUUGUUUGAACACCAUACUUGCAUUUCUCUAAUGUUCUUUCACUUUUCCUGAGAUCACAACUUUAACCUGUGAGAUUAAGAAUCCAUGAGAGAAUUACAGUUGUGUAUUUUGUUUAUUUUAAGUUAGUUAACUGAUGAUGAAGUCUGGAUGUUUGGUAUGAGGUUAUGCCAGUUGCCUUUUUCUCUGUAGUGGUGUUACAAGGAGCAGGAAACUGAUGCUCACAGAGGAGCUGGUUAAUGGUUUCAUUACCGUCUCUUCCUUUUACUCUCUGACACAACAUGAAGCAAAGCUCCCAUGUCUCUAAUGGCGAGAGCACCACUUCUUUGUGUGGAAUACUCUGCUUGGACCCAGAUACACUUCCAGGACAAAACACUGCAUCAGUUACUUAGAGUAUUUAUGGCGUUUUGCAGAUUCUAUAGAGUAAAGGGCUUUUUAAAUGCUGGUGGUGCAGAGAAAUAUCUUUCCUAGGAUGGCAUCAUGGAGAGCGGGGAAGGUAACGCCGGUCAGCAGGUUAGGGUGGAACUCUUGACAGUAUGUCAGAAAACAAGUGUUUUCUUUCAACACCCUGGCCUGUAUUAGUGAUUUUGCAUGAACACUGUGAAAUAUGUGGACUUUUUCAUGGAUGGUAAAGAGGGAAAUUGAUAGAGAAGGGAGUAUGACUUACAGUGUUCUUUCACUGUACAAUGCCUGUCUUCUCCCUCACACACAGGUUCUGGGAAGAGAACGUGUUGCCGAUUUUCACUGACCAGUAACACUGUGUUCUGUGUCCUUUAUUUUGUGCAAGUGACUGGAAGCUGAGUGGUUACUGUCUUAAGGAGGUUGUAGAAAAAAAAAAAUAUGAUUUUCAUAGUGUAUUCAGAAGAUAAGCCUCCUCUUAGUGGUAGAGUAUAUUCUUCUAUAACUAAAGAUUAGGCUAAGAUGAUGAAACACUUUUAUUUUCUCUGUGGUAAGCAAUUGUUUUUACCAAGUCUAGAACAGCUGCUUUGGAUAGAUUGUGUUUGAAGCAUUGUCCAUGCUUCUGAAGAAGUCUUCCUCAUUCUUGACUUGAGAUCCUCACAAAGUGCCCAGAUAUUUUUUGUUCCUAGCUGAUUGUUCUGACAGCCUAAAUGUAUCUUCCAUCAGUAUUUUUCCAUGAAUUCAUCCACCAUCAUCUGAUGUUGUGUAUCCCAGAAAGGGUACUCCUGACCUUUUUCUAUGGGAUCCAAAUCAUAGUUUACAGUAUGUAUGGCUAUGAUACCAACCUGGAAAAAUAAUCAGAUUUAGGAUAUUAAUUAUCACUGUGCUCACAGUUUCAGAUUAAGUCAGUAGUUGCAUUGGUACUGGAAUCAGUGACAGAUCUCACAUUUAUAAAAGCUGCUAUCUCUAUUCCUUUGCUGUAGUUCUUAGUAAAAAUCCUGGAGGAUCUACUUUGGUGGCUCUCUUGGGGUCCAGUUUUAUUAUAUGCUGGUCUUGGUAGUGAAACUGGCCUAAAAAGCCCCGUCCGUCAUGAGUUGUUCAUCUUCAUCCAGAAGAUGUGUCAACACGGGGUUUUGUGUCCAUGUUAUAAACAAGUUCAUGAGUCCACCCAGGUGAAAAAUUCACCCUUUUUAGGCUUUUUUGAUUUUCACCAUUCUUAUUGCAGUGAUGCAGUAACAGCAGUUAUCUCAAAACAGCUGUAUUAGCACGUGUUGCUGGCCUGAGACUCAGGAUUGCCCACAUUUACAUUAUUGGCAAAGAUGGUGUAGUGUGAAAUUACAGCCUUGACAUUAGACAUGGCUAUGAUCAAACGACGACUUUUUGGAGGAAGUCCUGAUCCUACUUUGAACAAAUAGAUUUUCUACAAGCAAUUUAACUGAUUUCCACGGUCUUACUUAAUGCAGUCUUAGAAGUUGCCCAUAUGAACACCUGGACUCACUUGUUUUCUCUGCCUCUCAUCACCUCUGUAUAAAACAGCCGUCAGGUCAUUUAUUUUGAUCUAUUUAAUAUUCUCCCUGAAGAAAAAUAUUGCUAACAGUGUACAGCACACAAAGCCUGACUUCUCUUGAUUUGAUAACCAGGUUACAUGUAUGUAUGUCAUACACUCUGUUAUGAUCCAGAUUUCCUCAUAAUUAUGUCAUUUGAAAUGACUGUAUAUACAUGCUGUAGGUUUCUUCACGAACCUGACAGAUUUCUUUGCAUAAUUUAUUGCUGCCUUUAAAAUAAUGUUUAUGAACACACUGAAGUGUGCAUUAGCUCUAAUGAGUUGUCUUAAUAUAUUGAGCAUGUCAAGGUCUGAGUUCAGUUCUGUGUUCUUUGGCUCACUACCUGAGAUAGGGAUUUUUGUGAAAACAGAACAUUUGCUUCUUAGAGCUUUGUAACUUUUUGAAACAUUUAGUAGGAAGUCCAUACUAAAUUAUGGGUUAUGACAAAGAAUAUCAGCAGCCAAAAUCCUUUGUGAAGAGCAGAGCUAGCAAUAAAUGCUUUUUCCCUAUCCCGUUUCCAAUUAGUAGUUCUGUGAAGUAAAGAAACAAGUAAUUAUAUAAGGUUAAAUAAUUUCUUCUCCUUCUACCUGGAAAGCACUCCAAAGACAAUAUUUGCUUCUUGGUUUGGAUUGCAGUUUAACACUACAUCUUUUUAUAUCACUUCAUUUUACAGCUAAAGAUCUAGGUAAAGGCUUAAAUCUAGGCAAAGAUCUGUGAUAAGUAGGUAACUUGUCCCUUUUGUUAAGUGUAUGUAUUCAUGACAGAAAUUAAAUGGUUGUGUCAUGGAAGCAAAUGUAGAGAGUUACAGGUAAUAGAGCAUCUUUCAAAUGCAAUUAAAUGUGCCUCUGUCAACUACAGGCAAGAUUUGCAAAUGUGAAGGUUUCUGCCAUCAGUCAUAGAAAUGAGACAGUUUUACUCCCAGCAGAGGAUUGCUGGACAUCACUGAAUCUUGCCCUUAGAUUUUUAAAUGCAAGAUGGAAUCUGGUAGAGUAGCCAGUUUUACUGAAAUUUCAGACUUUGUCCUGAGCACAUCUGUCUCCAUGUGACUGUUUGUUACAAUAUUGGAAACUUUAUGUUUUUUCAGAAGUGCAAAAUUUGCAACUUUCUCAUUAAUUUAUAUGGUGAACUAUGUGGAGUUGUUUGCCCACACUGAAUUCUGUUAUCUUGUAGGUUAUCCCUUUCUUCCUUUUUUCCUUUUUUUUUAAGAAACAAGAGGACAAGUACACUAAACUGCCCUUGACCUUUAAACUGUUUUGUGAAGGGCCGCUGUAGUUGGGCAAGUGGCUUGCUCCCAGGGCUAAUUGCUUUUUAGAAUUAACAGGUUUCAUACUAUAUCACAUGAGCAGAGUGUGAGAAUGGCACUUGGUCAGUGUAAAGGGCCAGGCUGCUUUGGGAUCUUGUCUGUGACAGGGACUAAACAGAUGCUGAGGGAAGACUAUUGUGUAGUGAUACUUCUCCAGGCUAUUCCUCAGCAAUUUGUGGCUCAGGGACUUCUUGACCCAGUAGUGGUGGAUGUCAGCUUAACAGGUUCUGAUGGAAUCCUUCUCCAUAGAUUUCAGCUCAGCCUCAUGUUUGAUUCCUAGUUCCAGUGCCAGUAUGUGAUCAUCUUUACGUCAUCAUUACUGUCUUGUACACACGAGAAGAUUUCUCAAUAAACUUCUUUGGUGUUCUA